AUGGGGGUUCGAGUGAGUUUGAAGGUGUUCAAAUGGGUUUGGAGGGGAUUGACUGAGUGGGAAGGAGUUGGAAGUUGGCGAUUUUGGGAGCAAAUCCACUUCCAAGUUGAGAAAGCCCACCUCUCCCUCCCUCCUCCACCUCUCCCUCUCCCUCUCCCUCUCCCUCUCCCUCUCUCUCUCUUUCUCCCUCUCCCUCUCCUUCUCCCUCUCCCUCUCCUUCUCCUCUCCCUCCCCCACACAUGCAGGGCGCCAGUGGUUGAGAAGGCGUCUGGCUUUGCGUGGUCCCUCAUGCUCUCGCCUCUCUCAGGGGACGUGGGGGAGGGAAUCCACUCCCGGGUCAAAGAACCCCCUUCCCUACACCCCCCCCCCCUCCCUCCCCCCCUUCCGCACCUUCUUCCCCCCCUUCUUCUUCCCCCCCUUCUUCUUCCCCCCCUUCUUCCCCCCUUCUUCUUCCCCCCCUUCUUCUUCCCCCCCUUCUUCUUCCCCCCCUUCUUCUUCCCCCCCUUCUUCUUCCCCCCUUCUUCUUUCACCCUUGCCCUGUUCUCCCAACUUCCAGGGCGCCAGUGGUUGAGAAAGCAUCAGGGUUCGCGUGGUCUCUCAUGCUCUCCCCUCUUUCAGGAGGCGUUGGGGAGGAAAUCCACUCCCGGGUCGAAGAGACCUUCACUCGCCUGCACGCCGAGAAGGCGGCCAGUGACGCGCUGA